CAUCUGAGAUUUGAGUAUUUAUCACCUACGAGAAUGAAAACCUGAAAAUUUUCUCUCUGCGAGCCUUGUGGAAAGCUAAUAGAUUUAAAAGAUUGGAAAAAUCGAGGAUCUCGGAUGGCUUCGAAUUUCGAUCGGUGGGAGAAGGAUCCGUUCUUCUCCGUGGCUGAGGAAGUUCAGGAAUCUGCCGACAGGAUGGAAUCGGUGUAUAGAACUUGGAUACACGAAAGCAAGGACGCGUCGAGCGUCUGCGAUUUCGAUGAGCUUCGCAGGGACCUACAGACAGUCCUUGGCACUGCCAAAUGGCAGUUGGAGGAGUUUGAGCGGGCCGUCAGCUCGAGCUAUGUUGGGAGCUCUAGCUCGGCCGAGGAUGGGAGAACCAGGCACAGCCAAUUCAUUGUUGCUAUCAAGAAUAAGAUUUCUACGGUUGAGAACUCGUUGAAGGAAUCGGUAGUCGCGGAAGGCAAGUCGACGCUUCCUUGGGUUCGUUUGGAUGAAGGAGAACGAGAUGAGCUCGCGUUGUUUCUGUUGGGACCUGCGGUAGAUAGGACCGCGCCCCCUGCUACGGUUGCUGCUAGGGACGAAGAAGAAGGGAAUUUGCAGGCAGUGCAUGGAGAGACGGUGUCUGAUUGUUCGAAGAAUUCUUCGCAUUCGACCGAGUUGGGUUCACAAGAGACUAAGGAGGAGAGGUUGCAUGGGUAUAGGAGGACUGCAAGCGCCAGUGCUGACAUUGGUACUUGGAAGAUUGCAGUUGCGGACGAGAAUUCCAAUCGGAGAUCUUUUGAUGCCAUGCCCGAUCUUCCUCCUCCUAGGGUUUUAAGUUUUUCAGGGCUCCUCGGAGCCAUGGAGCCCAUUCCCAAGCUGAAUUGGUCGAAGAAUGGUUUCAGAAAAUGGAAGGCUGGAGAUCGUCGUCUACCAACCGAUGCUGUGCCAUUGCGGUCACAACAGUUGAGUCGGGGAAUAGAUGUAUGUUAUGAAAGAAGUAAGAGCUGCCUUGAUGGCUGUGACGACUCUUAUGAUAAGCAGUUAUAUGGCUGGUUUGGAGCUGUUCAAAGACAACUUCGAAGGUCUCAAUAUCAUAUCCAAUAUAGUCGGCCCAUUCAAGUUGUUUUUUGGGUUGCUGUUGUCCUUUGCCUGAUCGUUUUUCUUGCAUGGAGUGCAGUGUAAGG